UUGUUCAGAUUGUUUAGGAUUGGGACCGUUUCAUUAUAAUUUACUCUUCGCGAUAUAUGCUUGGAUAGCUGCUGUAAUUGUAUUAAUAGCAGGAAUCUUAGUUGAUAGAAUGGGUACAAGAUUUGGUGCGUUGUUUUUCGCGUCUAUAGCAUUAUGUGGCAGUAUUAUAUUUGCUGUAUCUGUCAGUAAAAGUCUGCGUGGUUCAUCUGUUAUGUUUCCGUUGUUACUGCUGGGUCGUCUGUUACUGGGUACCGGCAACAGUGGAAUGAGAAUUGUGCAAGAUCGAGUAACUGCCUUUUGGUUUCAGCACAAAGAAUUAUCAUUAGCUUUUGGUGUUACUCUCUCGUUUUCGAGACUGGGUAGUGUUAUAAACUACUUGGUUACAAGUAAAAUAGUCAAACACUAUGGUCUAGAAGUUUUAUUCUGGUCAUGUGCUGGUUUAUGUUGCUGUGGGUUUAUUUUUGCUCUUAUUUUAUCGAUGUUGGACCAACAGGGUACAAAAAAGAUUACCAGUAACUGCUCAGAAAAGAAACCCAGAAAGAAAUUGAGUAUAUCAGAUAUUGGUCAGUUUUCAGCAACAUUUUGGCUGCUAACUAUAGUUACUAUGUUCUCCUAUUCAACCAUCAUACCAUAUGUAGCAGAUUCAAGUAAAUUAUAUCAAGAUAAAUACGGUUAUAGUAAAAGUGAGGCGUCGUAUAUUGCUGGUGAACCGUAUGAUGUUGCCAUGGUAGCAGCACCAAUUGUUGGAAUUAUCGUGGAUAGAGUUGGAUAUAGAGGUUUUUUGAUGAUAUUUAGUGCAGCGUUUACAGUACCUAUUUUACCAUUAGUAGUCUUCACCAACAUACCAGCCUAUUUAGCUUCUCUUAUAAUAGGCUUUAAUUAUACAUUUGCUGCUGUAUCUAUGUGGCCAUCAGUACCACUGCUAGUCAAACCAAGAGCAUUAGGUACAGCAAUGGGUAUACUAACAUCAUUACAAUAUAUAGGUAUAGGAGCUACUAAUGUUGGUAUGGGAAGAAUAUUAUCUUUUUAUGAACAUUCUGAUAAAAUGAAAGGUUGGACAGAGGCUCUAAUAUUUUUAACAGUAAUAAUAAUAAUCUGUCUCUUCUUCAGUAUAUUAUUAAAUGUAGUAGAUUCGAAACAGGGUGCUGUAUUAAACAAAAAGAGAAAGAAAUGUUUAAGAGAUUCCGACGCCUCGUCUUCCGUCCAUACAUCGGAAUCAAUCAACGCGGAGGAACGGCCAUUAUUAGCAGCUGAUUUCCGUAGUCGAAUAGCUCCAAAAUAUCAAGCAUUGGUCUCGUCCGCUGGAUCGGGAAGUAGCUUCGGUUCCUCAAUAAACAAAGUAUAAUGCUGCGGGAUAUUUGUUGACCAACAAAUAGAAUUAUUAGACUCUUACAUUUUAUACAAUGUGUAACUAAGGCCUGUUUUCCGUGUACGCGUUUUUGCGGACAAAAAAGUCGAUCUAAUGCUAAUGUAGGGGUUGGAUGGCCGAAUGGUUAGCGUGUGUGCGCUGUAUCAUAAGGUCUGCCAUUGAGUCAACUGGCGUGGUUUCGAUUCCCCGGUUGUACGUGACAGGGAGGAGGGAGGCCUGUCCAACGUCGUGGAUUUUCUAGUUUGUGCCGAGUGGACGUUAAACCCCAUCUCUCUCUAUCUCUCUCUCUCUCUCUCGUGUGCGCCACGGUGGCUCAGUGGAUAAGACGUUGUUGGC